AUGGUUCUCACUACACACCACAAUUGCCACAAGAAACAUCAUCGAAACGAUCCUCACGAUCAUCCCCAUUCUUCUCUACCUCCAUUAAUGACUACCAUGAGAAAUCAAACACUUGAAAAACAAUCAAAAUAUACAAAUUUUGAAUCCUUGGAAAAUGAUUGUAUUUCAAUGGACGAUCAUCAUCAUGAUGAAGAAUGGUCCGAACCAACAACAACAACUAAACAAACUCGAUCGGAUCAGAGUCCUUUGAUCUUGGAUUCUCCAAAUGGUUCGUUGGAUUCUUCAUUGGAUUUGAGUUCUCCUCUUCCUCCUUCAUUUCAUCUUCUUGGAGAGUUGUUAUUACAACAACAAUUAAAUCUUAACAACAAUAACAACCAAACAAAUAAUCAUUCAAAUAAUCAAACAAGAUUCAAAAACAUCCUUAUCGAACAUGAAUUGGUAAACGAUGCACAAGGAGAUGUCAUGGCUGGAGAUGAUUCUUACAUGUAUCGAUCACCAUCGUCGUUAUGUGAAAGUCAAACCUUUUCGAUUGAAACUGAAAGUUUAGAAGAAGAAUUGGUGUUGGACUCUGAUCAGGAGGAAUCAUCCAUGAAUGGAAACGAAAUGGAGGAGAGUGACGAGUUUAUUGAGAAUUCAGAUCAACGACCAUAUGAAGAAGAACGUGGGAGAAGAGGAGUUGGUAUGGAAAGGAGAAGGAUUGAGAGAAUAUUCAGAGAUGAUCCAUGUGGUAGUGUCGUUGAAGAAAGUGAAGAAAUGUUGAGAAGUGGUUUCUCUAAAUUUGGUAAUUUAUUGAGGAAGCUUAAAGAAUUGUUGAAGGAAGCAAAAGAACAAUUGAUUCAUGAAUGGGAUGAAAAUGGAAGAUAUUUACUCAACUAUUAUUAUCAUCAAGUGGCACACUACUCUGGUGGAGAUGACAGUCACUUGUCAAAACUUUUACAUGCUGUCACUCCUCGAAAACUUCAGCAAUUAUUCGAUGGUUUAACUCUUGUUAUGAAUCGACUGUUGAUACUCAAAAGUACCUCCCAUUCAAACACCUCUUCUGAAUCUUUGUACCUCUCUCCUCACAAUUUCUCCAGAAGCAACAGCAAAUCUGACAACUGUCAACAAACCAAUUCAAGUCCUCAGCGACACCAUAUUAAGGAAUUGCCUCGUGAAAUUCUCGAAAACAUUUUUAGCUAUUUAUUUCAGAAAGGUGGAGUCUCCAACAAGAAUGGUUUCACUACUGCAACCACAGCCACAACCAAUACUUCCUUCUUGUGUGAAGAAGAUUUCUUGUCUGCUUUUGCUCGUGCAAACAUUUUCAGUGUUUUACUCACAUGUCGAGAAUGGUAUGAAGUAGUAACAGAGUCGACUCAAUUCUGGAGAGAAAGAGUCAUUCGAUUGAGUUUUCACUUGAAACGAAAAGAAUUUCAUGAAAUUACCAAUUCCACUCACAAAAAUGGAAAAGUCUUUAGAAAUAGUUCUCAACUUCAACAACCUACAGAAUCGAAUUCUGCUUUUGUACAUAAUCCUUCUUCCCUGUCAAAUUUCACAUCCAACAUUUCUGUAGAUUCACAAAAGAAAGCAUUGCUGGACGAAACUCUUCUCGAUAUUGACUUGAAAAUGAAACGAUUCCAUACAGACCAUCCCAAGCGAUGCAAACAAUUCUACUUUUUCUACUGGCUUUCUCUAUUAAGACAAGUUCAAGAACAACAGGCAAGAAAACAUGAAAAUUCCAUCCUUCAAGUGUCGUCAGCUUUUCAACAUCACGGCUCUGACACUUCUCAUCAAACUUGGACCAGUUUGAGAUCUCGACAAAACGCAAUCGCUUCCAAAAUGAGAUUUCAAAGUGGUGUUGAAAUUGUGUUUGUAUUAAUUGUGGGAUUAUUUUUCAUUUGGCAAUGGUUUGGUUUGUUACUUUUUGGAGGAAUAUUUUCAAAAUCCAAUUCAAGAAAUGGAAAAACAUUGGGAUCACACAAGAGACGUCUCAUUCAUUAG